AUGAUUGCCAGUGAGAAGCAAUGCAAUCUUACUAGCCAUAGGGCCAAGUAUAAUGAUCACCUGAAGAGGACAAACACGGCGAAGACGGUCGCUGGUUAUUCUACGGCUGCUACUGGUUCAGUACUGCAAGAAAACACCAGCACUUCCCAACCCACGGCUCCUGUCAAAGAAGCAUCACCUCCGCCCGAGCCCUCUGUGUCGGAUAAGGCAUCCGCUGUCGUUCCGCCCACAUCCAUCACGCGUCCGCUCGGUGACCCAUCUCGCUCGGCUGAUGAGCUCUGGCAAGAUUCGGUGCAAUGGUAUCCACCUACACGGGGCCCUUUGUACGACCAUCGCAAGGUGAAGGAGAAGUUCAACCAUGAGAGGGAAGCGGCACGCAGUCGGCCCAUCAGUAUUGUCCUUUGGAAUGCACCCCAUUGCCCUCACUUUGCACCAAUGUCGGCUUUGGUUGAUUUAUCAUCAGGCGUAUUCUUGUUAGAUGCCUGCUCUAUACUCGACAAGGAGAUUGCAUAUCUUGCUACCAUCCAGUUCUACGACUUUCAUCACAUUGUUGGUCCAUCAUGGAUUGCUCUCGGCACCAACGGUCAUAUCACGCUUGAGCCGUCUGACAAUCACAUUCUAUUGUGCUUCCCGCCACCCGCCACCAAGUCUCUACCCCUCGACACAGACUAUGUCGGCUUUAUGCGCUAUGUCGAGAUGAUCUCCAAUGCACGCAGCCUGAAGCGCUGA